CUCCGCUAUUGGAAUUUUGGAGGAGCCUGAAUUAGAAUCAAGUUAUUGCUAACUAAAUUCCCGAUGACGUCGACGAGUCUGGUCCCGGCCGGCGUCCGGCUUAGCUCAAGGCGUCACGUGACCGAGUCUGUCGUGUCUAAGGCUCGCGUCAUAUCAUCUCGUCGCGCAGCUGUCAUGCCAGUUGUUCGCGCAGACAUGAGCGGCGUCUCGGAGGCGCGCAUCAAGGUGAUCGGCUGCGGCGGGGGCGGAGGGAACGCGGUUAACCGGAUGAUCAACAGCGGGUUGCAAGGCGUUGAAUUCUGGAGCUUGAACACUGACGCUCAGGCACUUGUUCAGAGCCAGGCAGAUAACAGGAUACAGAUCGGCAAGCAGGUGACUCGUGGCCUCGGCACUGGUGGCAACCCGGAGCUGGGCAAGAAGGCAGCUGAGGAAUCUGCCACUGAGAUCCAGCAAGCUGUUCGGGGCGCAGAUCUCGUUUUCGUCACAGCCGGGAUGGGUGGUGGUACCGGCAGCGGAUCGGCGCCCGUGGUGGCGCGCCUAUCACGUGAGGCCGGAAAUCUGACCGUGGGAGUGGUGACUCAACCCUUCACAUUUGAGGGUCGUCGUCGCUUCAUCCAGGCUCAGGAGUCUAUCGAGCAGCUAAGGGCAAACGUGGACACCCUGAUUGUCAUCCCCAACGACAGACUGUUGGACGUGGUGAUGGAUGAUGCGCCCCUGCAAGAAGCGUUCCUUCUUGCGGACGACGUGCUGCGCCAGGGUGUGCAGGGUAUUUCUGAUAUCAUCACGAUCUCCGGCCUUGUCAACGUCGACUUCGCGGAUGUGAAGGCGGUGAUGAAGGGCUCGGGCACCGCCAUGCUCGGGGUUGGAGUCGCGCAGGGCAAGAAUCGCGCUGAAGAGGCUGCCACGGCGGCCAUUUCAGCACCUCUCAUCGAGCACUCCAUCGAUCGCGCCACCGGAAUCGUGUACAACAUCACCGGAGGCUCUGAUCUCACCCUCCAGGAGAUCAACACAGUGUCCGAGGUGAUCACCAGCCUCGCAGAUCCGGCUGCAAACAUCAUUUUUGGCGCCGUCGUUGACGACCAGUACAAGGGCGAGCUCCAGGUCACGGUCAUCGCCACGGGAUUCGCAACACCGAGCAGCAUUAAUUCGGGAAAAGGAGGGGACUCGGGUGGACCCCCUCCUCCGACCCCUCCAGCUGGUGGUGGCGGUGGGCUUCCAUGGCAGAGGGAAAGUGGCGCCCGCCGAGGCUCCUUCUUGGACAAUUAUGGUCGAUAGUUGAGACAACGAUGCAUGAAAUGUUAUCUUCUUCUAAGUU